UGUCAAAAUUAUUAAAUUGUGACAUAAAGAAUUCAAUAGCUUCUAAAUUAUAGUGAUUAUGGUAUAAUAACAUACAUAUACAACAACUAAUCGUCAUUUCUAACCCAUUAUAAACAGAAUGACACAGGAAACCGUUGUCGAGCAGCCAAUGAAAAGCACGGCAAUUUUACCAUUUGAAGUUAUAGCCGUACCUCAGUAUGAUUACUCACAAUUAGUUAACAGUACUCAUUAUAAUUUAACUGACCCAAUAAAUAUUAAGAUAAAAAUACGAAAUAAAGAAGAAACAUGUGAAACGUAUGGUACCGUUACCGCCCCUAAGUUAGUAUCUGCGAACAAUGGGAAAAAAGUACGACUCGUCAGUAGUGACCAGACCAUCAUGUCAUUUGACUUAUUCGUAGAACCUGAUACAAGCAAAAAAUAUCAAAAAAAGUCUCAUAAGAAUUUUUUUCACUUCUUUAAACCUGGGGGAUGUCUUAGAAUACAAAAUGAUAAUGAUGAUAAAUCCUCCUAUCUACCAAGCGCCAUUAAUGACGUAGGCAGCAUUGAAGAGACCAAUAUAAUUUCUGAAAAGAUUGUAUUAAAAAAAAACUUCCCUCGAAUUACUUCCAAUGAAAGAACAGAAAAACAGUCAAAAGCAUUCAUGGGUAAAUGCAAACCAGGAGGUUGUUUAGAUCCACCGUUUAAUGAUGAUAAACAUCCUUACGAACCAGCAUCGAAGCUGUCGUGUACAAACCUUAAAUAUAGUGAUGACGGUAAAAAAUCCCUUAGCCCAGAAAUAAAAAGCUUCAAAACAGACAGUGAUGUAAAAAUACAAAUAAAAGAGAAAACUGAAAAUAUUGUGAAACAACAACUUGAGGAUAAAUUUAAUGAAUCAGACUAUGAAAAUUCACUUAUAACAUAUCCAACUUCCUCUUCAAGUGAUGACUUUCGAAUGAAUAAAGAAAAUCAUAACAUGAAAUUAAAAAGUAGAAUUUCCAGUGAAAAUAAAGCACGAAUGUCUAUAAAUGAGUUUUCUGAAAUAUUCUUUAUGCCACCAAAAAAAGAAAAAACGAAAAGAAUAGAAGACAACUUUACUGAAAAAGCUUCCACGAUAGAAGACAAAGACAUUGAUAUUAAAAAGAGCAAUUAUUCUUUAUUAAAACAAGAACAAUUAGAAUCGCUUGCUAUUGUAAUAGAUUCUAAAAUCUUAAAUAAUAAUAACGUCGGUAAAUCAAAAUUAUUUAUUGAAAGCUCUUAUUUAGUUAGUGAAAUAAAUAGUCAUGAUAACGAUAUCCAAAGUAUACAGGAAAAUGCUAAAUGUGUAGAUUCUAUAGAAACUAUAAAAAAUCUUAACGCAAAUUUGUAUAACAUAAACUCUAACAAUAAUACUUUUUUUAAUGCACAUUCUCAAGACUUAUUAAAUAUAAACAAGGCAAUGGUAUUUCCAUUGGAGAAUAUAGUAUCUUACAGCCAAAACGGUGCACCUUGCAAUAAGAGUCCGACCAAUACUGAAAUUCAAGUAAAAGAGACAAAAGAGCCGGAUAAUACUACAGAGAAAUUCAAAGAAACAAAUAAAAAUGAAAGUAGAGUAACUGAUGAUUUAGAUGAUAUCAGAUCAUCUCUAAGAAAUAUAAUACACAAGACGACCUCAAAUACUGCAGCAAUUCCAGCAAAUAAAACAAAGGAGCUGUCGUAUUCUUUUAGCAAAUCCAUAGAAACGUUUGUAGAAGAACAAAAAAUUUUACCGAAUGUAAAAGAAUUCCAAGAAUCUUUCGAAAAAAAUCUUGAAGAUAUUACUAAUACAGCAGAAAUUAAAGCGACGCUCAUAAAAAGUAAAGAUCGAGGUAACUUACACACGAACAACAUUAUAAAUAAUGAUGAUGUUCAAGCAAAAGAGUCACAAUAUUUACAGAAAAAUCCAGAGUCUUUGCUAAUAAGCCCUGUAGAUAUUACAAGCGUAAAUGAAGUAAAAAAUGUAUUAAAAGAUGAAGUAGAUGACGAUAAUCUGAUUAUAGAUAAGAAUACAUAUGAUACUUUUCAUCCAGCAGAGGAAAGUUCAUUAGCACUUACUUUAAGUGAUCAGAAUAUAAAAAAUAUAAAAAAUAUUUUUCCCGAUGACUACCAAAUGGCAAUUUCAUCUGACAAAAUUCCUGGUGUUUUUACUGGUGACAAACUAAAUUUAAUGGAUAUUUCUUCAAACCAAGUGAAGGAUUAUUACACCCAAGAACAUGUUGACGAAAAUAAUUUAACAUCAAAUAAUACAAUAAUACGUAGUCGUAACGAGUCUGUAGAGAUAUCUGCUACAGAACUUCAAAGGCAAGCGUCAGAAGUUAAUUUGAUCAGAAAACAAAUGAGCUCAGUAUUUUUAAUACGAGAUGAAACAGGUGAAAAACAUCUUAAUUCUAUUCAUGAAGAAAAAAAAGAUAGUACUUUAGAAAAAAUUAAGCAUUUAUCUUCAUCUGAAUCAGUAAGCAACGCAUUGGAUUCAAACAGAAAUCGUAAUGAUAGAAGUGAGAAUGUUGAUCGAAGCUAUGAAAGUGAAAUCUCUAAAAUCAUUGAUAAAUUGCGACCACUUGAAGAUCAACCACUCAAAAUUAAAGUUGAGUCUUCUUCGAACAAAGUAAAUGGCCAUAUUAACAACAAACAUCAACCUGAGUCCAAUGUCACAAACAGUGACAAUGAGGAUUACGCAAAAACUAUAGAUUUAAUGAAUAUGGAGCAAUUACAAUAUAAUUCCUUAAAACUUAGUCAACCAGACGGUAGAAAACAAGAAGAAGCGGAUACAGAAAACAUAACAAAACCAUGUCACGAAGUAUUUCAUGCAUCUCCAUAUUCUUCAAUAGCAAUAGACUUUGGUUUUCGGUAUUCUGUUGACAAUGAUCAUAAGUUAACAAUUCACACUGUUGAUACAUCAACACCUUUAAAAAAACGUAUAGGGGAUAACAUAAGCGUUAUUAAAUCUAUGAUCAGGGCAAACGGUGACGAAAUAAGAAUACCAAUAAAUUUUAAUACUGAUUUGGCAUUGGAAAUCAAAAACGCUCGUACAAUGAAUGAAGUUGAAACCCCGCAAAUGCAGUAUAUAAUUGAAAGACCAAGUGAAAAUAAAAUCGAAAAAGACGGUUUAUUGCAAGAAACGCUUUACUCGGUCUAUAAAAAUUUAAUUCCAUUAAAUAUGAUUCUUCAAAAUUUGAAAGAAGAAGCAAGUACGCUGUCCCGCCAACAGACCUCUAUGCAAGAAAUUUUAGAAAACAUGGAAAAGAAACCGAUGAGAUUAAUUCAUACCAAUGCAUUUUGUGAUUGUCGAAAAAAAUAA